AUGGUUUUGACAGGACAAGAAGUUGCAGAGCACAACUCGAGAGACUCGUGCUGGGUCAUUGUUCAUGGCAAAGCAUACGAUGUUACAGAAUUCUUACCUGAACAUCCUGGUGGGCCAAAGAUUAUUCUCAAAUAUGCCGGAAAAGAUGCGACAGAAGAAUAUGAUCCUAUCCACCCCCCGGAUACACUCGACAAGUAUCUAGACAAAUCGAAGCAUUUGGGCGAGGUGGAUAUGGGCACAGUGAAGAAGGAGCAGAAGGAGCACGAUCCAGAUGAAGAGGCAAGGCAGGACCGAAUCGCGCGAAUGCCAAUUCUCGAGCAAUGCUAUAAUCUGAUGGAUUUCGAAUCGGUGGCGAGACAAGUGAUGAAAAAGACUGCGUGGGCGUAUUAUUCCAGUGGAGCAGAUGAUGAGAUCACUAUGCGAGAAAACCACACGGCGUUCCAUAAGAUCUGGUUUCGACCCAGAAUUCUUGUGGAUGUCGAGAAGGUAGACUUUUCGACAACCAUGCUAGGUACCAAAACCGACAUGCCAUUUUAUGUCACUGCGACUGCUCUUGGGAAGCUGGGUCACCAUGAAGGAGAGGUUCUCCUCACAAAAGCAGCAAAGAAACAUAACGUUAUCCAGAUGAUUCCGACUCUAGCUUCUUGUUCGUUUGAUGAAAUCAUGGACGCCGCCGAAGGAGACCAGGUCCAAUGGAUGCAGCUGUACGUCAAUAAAGACAGAAGUAUUACGAAAAAGAUCGUAGAACACGCUGAGAAGCGCGGAUGCAAGGGGCUGUUCAUCACCGUCGAUGCGCCGCAGCUGGGUCGCCGAGAGAAAGAUAUGCGUUCUAAAUUCACAGAUGUCGGUUCAAAUGUGCAGAGUGGAUCAACGACCGACAACUCGCAAGGUGCGGCAAGAGCCAUUAGCAGUUUCAUUGAUCCAGCUCUUAGCUGGAAAGAUAUUCCUUGGUUCCAGUCUAUUACCAAGAUGCCAAUCAUCCUCAAGGGUGUCCAGAGAGUGGAGGAUGUUAUUCGUGCCGUGGAAACCGGCGUCCAAGGUGUUGUACUCUCCAAUCAUGGAGGUCGUCAACUGGAUUUUGCACGUUCUGGGGUCGAAGUGCUUGCGGAAGUUAUGCCAGUACUCCGGGAACGUGGAUGGGAAGACCGAAUUGAGAUCUAUAUCGACGGAGGUGUGCGAAGAGCCACUGAUAUCAUCAAGGCUCUUUGCCUGGGCGCAAAGGGUGUUGGAAUCGGUCGACCAUUCUUGUAUGCUAUGAGUUCGUACGGCCUUCCAGGUGUGGACCGUGCUAUGCAGCUUUUGAAAGAUGAGAUGGAGAUGAAUAUGCGAUUGAUUGGAUGUUCGAGCGUGGAGCAGCUGAACCCAACAUUAAUUGACACGAGGGGGUUGAACAUGCACACUACAAGCGUGCCAGUGGAUAACCUGGGAAUGGCUAUUUACGAUCCUCUUGUCAAUCCUGCGGCUAAGGCUAAGCUGUAG